CGGGCCUGCGUCCCGAUUUACGACAAACGGUUGGGGCAGCAUUCGGAAGAGACUCCGGGUUAGCAAAGGACCCCUGGGACAGGCGUUCUGGUGGAAGGGCGGGCGUCAUUUUCUCUUCCUCUGCGGAGAGUCCUGAGCCCAGGAGGGAAGCGAGCUUAGCUCCCCAUCGGCCUCGGCGGCCGGGACGCGCACACUUUGCGUCAUGGCGGGCUGAGGCCGAUGAUGAAUUCCGGUGUGCCUGUCAGGCUUGCUGUGUCACUCGGCCCGCUCGGCGCACCCCUUCCCAGCCGCCCUUCCGUACCGGCUCUUGGGCUCUUCCGGUCUCCGGCCGCAGCUUACCUGCAGGCGGCUCUCCUGCCGCGGCCCGGCGCUCGCCAAGUCUCCCUUGCGGCCUGCUCUCGCGCAGUGCCCGGGCACCGGGCGCCCCACCGACACUGGCCAUGACGAGCGGCGCCACCAGGUACCGGCUGAGCUGCUCGCUCCGGGGCCAUGAGCUGGACGUACGGGGCCUGGUGUGCUGCCCCUAUCCUCCGGGGGCCUUUGUGUCCGUGUCCCGAGACCGCACUACCCGCCUCUGGGUCCCGGACAGUCCAAACAGGGGCUUUACAGAAAUGCACUGUAUGAGUGGCCAUUCCAAUUUUGUAUCUUGUGUAUGCAUCAUACCCUCAAGUGACAUCUACCCUCAUGGACUAAUUGCCACUGGUGGAAAUGACCACAAUAUAUGCAUUUUCUCACUGGACAGUCCAAUGCCACUGUAUAUUCUAAAAGGCCACAAAAAUACUGUUUGUAGUCUAUCAUCUGGAAAAUUUGGGACAUUACUUAGUGGUUCAUGGGACACCACUGCUAAAGUCUGGCUGAAUGACAAGUGCAUGAUGACCUUACAGGGCCAUACAGCUGCAGUGUGGGCGGUAAAGAUCUUACCUGAACAGGGCUUAAUGUUGACUGGAUCAGCUGACAAGACUAUUAAACUGUGGAAGGCUGGAAGAUGCGAGAGGACUUUUUCAGGACACGAAGACUGUGUAAGAGGUUUGGCAAUUUUGAGUGAAACAGAAUUUCUUUCCUGUGCAAAUGAUGCUAGUGUUAGAAGGUGGCAAAUCACUGGCGAGUGUCUUGAAGUAUAUUAUGGACAUACAAAUUAUAUUUAUAGUAUAUCUGUUUUUCCAAAUUGUAGAGAUUUUGUGACAACAGCAGAGGACAGAUCUCUGAGAAUCUGGAAACAUGGGGAAUGUGCUCAAACUAUCCGACUUCCAGCUCAGUCUAUAUGGUGCUGCUGUGUGCUCGACAAUGAUGACAUUGUGGUUGGUGCGAGUGAUGGCAUUAUUAGAGUGUUUACAGAAUCAGAAGAUCGAACAGCAAGUGCUGAAGAAAUCAAGGCUUUUGAAAAAGAGCUCUCUCAGGCAACCAUUGAUUCUAAAACUGGUGAUUUAGGGGACAUCAAUGCUGAGCAGCUUCCUGGGAGGGAACAUCUUAAUGAACCUGGUACUAGAGAAGGACAGACUCGUCUAAUCAGAGAUGGGGAGAAAGUCGAAGCCUAUCAGUGGAGUGUUAGUGAAGGGAGGUGGAUAAAAAUUGGUGAUGUUGUUGGCUCAUCUGGUGCUAAUCAGCAAACAUCUGGAAAAGUUUUAUAUGAAGGGAAAGAAUUUGAUUAUGUUUUCUCAAUUGAUGUUAAUGAAGGUGGACCAUCAUAUAAAUUGCCAUAUAAUACUAGUGAUGAUCCCUGGUUAACUGCCUACAACUUCUUACAGAAGAAUGAUUUGAAUCCCAUGUUUCUGGAUCAAGUGGCUAAAUUUAUUAUUGAUAACACAAAAGGUCAAAUGUUGGGACCUGGGAAUCCCAACUUUUCAGAUCCAUAUACGGGUGGUGGUCGUUAUGUACCGGGCUCUUCAGGAUCUUCUAAUACACUACCCACAACAGAUCCUUUUACAGGUGCUGGUCGUUACAUACCAGGUUCUGCAGGUAUGGGAACUACCAUGGCUGGAGUUGAUCCAUUUACAGGGAAUAGUGCCUACCGAUCAGCUGCAUCUAAAACAAUGAAUAUUUAUUUCCCUAAAAAAGAGGCUGUCACUUUUGACCAAGCAAACCCUACACAAAUAUUAGGUAAACUGAAGGAACUUAAUGGAACUGCACCUGAAGAGAAGAAGUUAACUGAGGAUGACUUGGUACUUCUUGAGAAGAUACUGUCUCUAAUAUGUAAUAGUUCUUCAGAAAAACUCACGGUCCAGCAACUUCAGAUUUUGUGGAAAGCUAUUAACUGGCCUGAAGAUAUUGUCUUUCCUGCACUUGACAUUCUUCGGUUGUCAAUUAAACACCCCAGCGUGAAUGAGAACUUCUGCAAUGAAAAGGAAGGGGCUCAUUUCAGCAGUCAUCUCAUCAAUCUUCUGAACCCUAAAGGAAAGCCAGCAAACCAGCUGCUUGCUCUCAGGACUUUUUGCAAUUGUUUUGUUGGCCAGGCAGGACAAAAACUCAUGAUGUCCCAGAGGGAAUCACUGAUGUCCCAUGCAAUAGAACUGAAAUCAGGGAGCAAUAAGAACAUUCACAUUGCUCUGGCUACAUUGACCCUGAACUAUUCUGUUUGUUUUCAUAAAGACCAUAACAUUGAAGGGAAAGCUCAAUGUUUGUCACUAAUUAGCACAAUUUUGGAAGUAGUACAAGACCUAGAAGCCACUUUUAGACUUCUUGUGGCUCUUGGAACACUUAUCAGUGACGAUUCAAAUGCUGUACAAUUAGCCAAGUCUUUAGGUGUUGAUUCUCAAAUAAAAAAAUAUUCCUCAGUAUCAGAACCAGCAAAAGUAAGUGAAUGCUGUAGAUUUAUCCUAAAUUUGCUGUAGCAAUGGGGAAGGGGGACUGAGAUUUGUAAUUGAUUAGUGUUUUUAUUUCCUCACAUUUGACAUGACUGAUAUCAGAUGAUUAAGAAAAGAGAAUACUGUGGAUUAAGUAAAAUUUUAGAUGUUGUAAAGUGGUGGGGAGGGGAAACAAAUAAAAUUUUUGCACUGCUGAA